AUGCGACGAAGACACGGCCAAGCAUAUUUCGAAGAAACAGAAAGGCCAAAGAAACAACGAAAGUUGGUUAUCCAUGAAACUUCCACGGAUGAUGAAGUGGUUCCUGACACACCACCUACAACAACAAUUUUGAGCCAUUCUUCACCUGUGAGGGAUUCUCCAGUCAAUUCUAACUCAGAGGAGACUAGAAAUGUUAAUCACAAUGAGAAGAAGUUCAUACCACCCAAGGUUUCGCAUACUGAGUCAUUUCAUGAGGAGGUUCGAAACUCAAGCAUCACUACAAACAUAUUUGAUAUGGAUGCAAAUGUCAAUAAGGGUGAAGGAGUUUCAACACAUGCAGCUCAAGGGCUGCUGCUUCCGGUUCUUUUGUUUCCUGCAGGAAAGAUGUCUCCAUUCAAAGUAAAAGUUGCUCCAACAAGGCCACUAAAGAACAUGCAUCUUUUGUUACAAAGACAUGAAGUUAAAAUUGUUCGUGAGAAUGUGAAUCUCAAGAUUCAAGAACUUCGUGAUAAUAUGGCGAUGGAAGUUGCUGAGUUGGGUCAUAGUUAUUCUAAUCUUCAUAAUAAGGUGGAUAUACUGGAUGAUGCAAUCACAAAAGUUGUGGAAUGGCAUACCACACUUUCUCCGAAAGUUGAUAAACUUGGAGAUGAUGUAGACAAGGGAUUUGAAAAUGUUGAAAAAAUUUUGGGGGAGCUGAAAGUUCUUAUGGCCAAGAAUGAAUAUUCGAAAUAUAUGUUCAAUGUCCUGAGUUGUUAA